GGCCAAUGGACGAAAGAAGGACGAGGGAGUUGAUUUGAAGGUCGUCUUGAGGGCUUGUUUGAAGUUCACUGAAAGCGUGACUAUGCCAAGACUUUUUUUCGGCGGGCGUUCGGCUGUUCCUCCGUCAUUGUCCGGGUCUUCUUUUCUGCUACAACUUAACUAUCUACUACUUACUACUUUACUUCUUAAGCGCCCCUUCUCUUUUUCAUCUUUCGUUCAAUGUUAUUUACCGAUUUCCCUCAAAACGAACAGUCACUCUCAUACACAUCUCAUGCUUAAUUAAAUCUCUUUCCCCCUUCGCUCUUAUGGCAGGACACAUGCUGAUGCCGCUCCGGCGUCGGCCAUGGACUUGUCGGGCAUGUCUGCAGCGACUGCAGCAGCCUCGUCGAUCCCUGGAAACGGCCACGUCCCCCUCCUCCCAGUCAGCUGUGUACGAUUACGCCCCUACGAACCACUCGGCCCAGAAGAAAUCCCAUGAUGAAACCAUCCGACGUAUGUUCGACUCUCAGCCCUUCUGGAGGGAGUUCUCGCAACGGAGCGCCACUCAAUCCAAGCCCACCGGGUUAGUGCAGAACCAGUACCUCACCAAUCCCGAUGGUUUUCGCGCCUUUGCGAAUAUCUCCCUCCAGAGAUGUCAAGCGAUCGUCUCCAAAGUCCUCGCUGCUUCCACAUUGGAGGAAUAUCGGAACAUGGCUCGGGACCUCGACCGGCUGAGCGAUCUACUCUGCCGAGUGAUCGACUUGUCAGAUUUUAUCAGAGUCAUCCACCCUGACCCGCGUGUGCAGGAGGCCGCUACGCAGGCGUAUGCGCUGAUGUUCGAGUACAUGAAUGUGCUGAACACCACCACAGGGCUCAACGCGCAGUUGAAGAAGGCGGCUAGCAAUCCGGAUGUGACCUCGCACUGGACGGAGGAGGAAAAAAUCGUAGCGCAGAUUCUCAUCAAGGAUUUUUCCAAUUCGGCUAUUCACAUGCCACCGAAUGAGAGACAGCGAUUUGUGAACCUAUCGAACGAGAUCAGUCAGCUAGGGUCAAACUUUGUUAAUAGCGCCGAGCCCGCCAAAUCGCAAGUGGUCGUCGGAGCUAAUAGUUUGCGGGGACUCGAUCCGAUUCUCGUCCAGCAGAUUCGACGAUGGAACCGUACGGCCUCUGUUCCGACGAUGGGGAUGAUCCCACGACUCGCGCUACGGUCCGUCCACGACGAGGGUGUCCGGAAGGAAGUCUAUCUGGCGACCCGAACGUCCAGCCCGCGCCAGCUCCACCGGUUGGAGCAACUAUUCAGCAAACGGGCGGAGCUCGCCCAAUUGUCGGGCCACCCCAGCUUCGCCCAUAUGACCCUCAGCGAUAAAAUGGCCAAAAGCCCUGAGGCCGUGUCGAACUUUUUGACGGCGUUGGUGGGCAGCAACCGCGAGCAUGUCCAGGAAGAACUGGCGCAGCUGCAGGCGAUGAAAGGUGCGUCCCCACUACAGCCGUGGGAUCACGCCUACUACGUCAAUCAACGCGUGCUGCAGUAUUCACAGUCCCGGCGGUCGCGUGAGCUGAGCGCUGUCCCCGAGUUCUUUUCGCUAGGCACAGUGAUGCAAGGGUUGUCGCGGCUCUUUGACCGCCUCUACGGUGUCCGGCUCGUCCCGCAGGAGACAGCUGCGGGCGAGACGUGGAACCCGGACGUGCGUCGAUUGGACGUGGUGGAUGAGGCGGAGAGGCAUAUUGCGGUGAUCUACUGUGACCUGUUCUCUCGACCCAACAAGCAUCCCAACCCAGCCCAUUUCACCCUGCGAUGCGCCCGGGAGAUCUCCGCCGAGGAAGUGGCGGAGUGUGCCACGAUGGACCACUCGGCUCACCCCAACGACGGGAUGGCCACAGCAGUGGAUCCGCAGACCAAGACCCUGCGACAGCUGCCGACGAUCGCGCUGGUGUGUGACUUCGCUGAGCCGCCUGCGACCGGUGCCGGGCGGCCGUCCUUGCUGAGCGAACAUAGCGUGCGGACGCUGUUCCAUGAGAUGGGUCACGCGCUGCACUCCAUUUUGGGACAGACCCGGCUGCAGUCGAUCUCCGGCACUCGGUGCGCGACCGACUUUGCCGAACUGCCGUCGGUGCUCAUGGAGCGAUUCGCUACCGAACCCGCGGUGCUCUCGAUGUAUGCCCGGCACUGGCAAACGGACGAACCGCUGUCCGAGAGCAUGAUGCUGAGCAUGGAGAAGGAUCGCCUGGCCCACGGAUCGAUCUACGGGGCCGUCGAGAAUGAAGCCCAGAUCCUCAUGGCGCUGGUCGACCAGGCGUAUCACUCCAUUCCCGCGGACAAGGCCGGCCAGAUUGACAGUACGGCGAUCUAUCACCAGGUCUCGUCGGCACACUCCAGUCUACCCGACCCGACGGACAGUCGACCGCCUACGUCGUGGCAAGGGUUUUUCGGCCAUCUCUACGGUUACGGGGCGACGUACUACAGUUAUAUCUUCGAUCGGGCGAUCGCCAACAAGAUCUGGGAGGACGUGUUCCAGGCGGGCCGGGCUGCGGUGGAUCGCGAGGCGGGCGAACGAUACAAGAACGAAGUGCUCCGCUGGGGUGGUGGACGUAACGGGUGGGACUGCGUGGCCGGGGUGUUGGGCAGUGGGAAUGCAGCCAACGCCAACGGACGACUGGCGGAGGGAGGCGACGAGGCCAUGCGGGAAGUCGGUCGAUGGGGCUUGGGCCGGGAUGGAGUCUCGGGCUAGCGUUAGUACUAAACUACAACUACUU